CCCCGGGGCGCACGGGCUCGGGCGGGGCGGGGCGGCGUCCCGCGGGCGCGGGCGUCGGGGCCCGGGAGCGCGCCGCCAUGGACGACAAGGCGUUCACCAAGGAUCUGGACCAGUGGGUGGAGCAGCUCAACGAGUGCAAGCAGCUCCACGAGAACCAAGUGCGGACGCUGUGCGAGAAGGCUAAGGAAAUUUUAACAAAAGAAUCCAAUGUACAAGAAGUCCGUUGUCCCGUCACUGUCUGCGGAGAUGUGCAUGGCCAAUUCCACGACCUCAUGGAACUCUUCAGAAUUGGCGGGAAGUCGCCAGAUACAAACUAUCUGUUCAUGGGCGAUUAUGUGGACAGAGGUUAUUACUCUGUGGAGACUGUGACUCUUCUUGUAGCAUUAAAGGUUCGAUAUCCUGAACGCAUUACAAUCUUGAGAGGAAAUCAUGAAAGCCGGCAAAUUACCCAAGUUUAUGGCUUUUAUGACGAAUGUCUACGGAAGUAUGGAAAUGCCAAUGUUUGGAAAUAUUUUACAGAUCUAUUUGAUUAUCUUCCACUUACAGCUUUAGUAGAUGGACAAAUAUUCUGCCUCCAUGGUGGCCUGUCUCCAUCUAUAGACACGCUGGAUCACAUAAGAGCUCUGGAUCGUUUACAAGAAGUCCCACAUGAGGGCCCGAUGUGUGACCUGCUGUGGUCGGAUCCGGAUGACCGAGGUGGAUGGGGGAUUUCACCACGUGGCGCCGGCUACACAUUUGGACAGGACAUUUCUGAGACAUUUAACCAUGCCAACGGUCUCACACUGGUUUCUCGUGCUCAUCAGCUUGUAAUGGAGGGAUACAAUUGGUGCCAUGAUCGGAAUGUGGUCACCAUCUUCAGUGCGCCCAAUUACUGCUACCGCUGCGGGAACCAGGCUGCUAUCAUGGAGUUGGAUGACACGCUAAAAUAUUCCUUCCUCCAGUUUGACCCAGCGCCCCGUCGCGGAGAGCCUCACGUGACCAGGCGCACCCCAGACUACUUCCUGUAAAUCCCCUCUGAGGACACCUGGCUUUUGAGUGAGCGAGCGUGCGUGCGUGUGUGCGUGCGUGUGUGUGUGUAUAUUUUAAAAAUACAAAAAGACAACAGUAAUCUUUGUGUUUCUGUAACAAAUUGUGAUCUGUCUCGGCAUUAAACUACAUCAUGGACCAAAAUGUGCCAUACUAAUGAUGAGCAUUUAGCACAAUUUGAGACUGAAAUUAGUACACUACAUUGUAGAUGGGUCAGUCUGACAGCCUGCCUGCUGUAUUGGUAGUAACUAUUUUUCUCUGGACUGUUCAUACAGAAAAGGUAACUAACUGCUUAAUCUCCUUUUGCGCUUAUUUGUGAAUUUUAGUUACAGUGUUUAAGUGGCAUGGAUUAAUAGCGUUGGAGUUUUAUUUUUAAGCAAAAAUGACAAGCUGACUUCCACUUUAUCCAUUACCCUUAUUUUAUUGAAAUGUAUAACUAAAGAAGAGAUUCUUCUUGGGAGUAUGUUGUCAUAACAUGAGAGAGAUUUCCCUCCAUUUAAACUAAAUUACUGUUUUAUGUUGAUCUUCAUAUUUCUGUAUAUUUGUCAUGACAGUGCUUGCAUCCUAUUUGAUGUACUGAGCAAAUAAACUUGCCAUUUAAACAAAAAUA